AUGGCCCUACCAAGUAAAGUACUUGUCGCCCUCACCUCUUACAAUGGUGUCUUCUACGAAGACGGUUCCAAGACCGGUGCGUUCGUUGUUGAAGUUUUGCACCCUUUCCAGGCUUACAAGUCCAAAGGUUUUGAGGUGCAAUUCGUGUCUGAGACCGGUACCUUUGGCUGGGAUGAGCACUCGUUGGCCCCAGACUUCCUAGACGGCGACGACAAAAAGGUGUUUGACGACAAGUCCUCUGACUUCAACAAACACCUACAGACCAUAAAGAAGCCCAGCGAGGUCAACGCUGACGAUUAUUCGAUCUUUUUCGCCUCUGCCGGUCACGGGACUUUGUUCGACUACCCAACUGCUUCUGGGCUGCAGCACCUGGCUGCCAAGAUUUACAAGAAUGGUGGUGUCGUUGCUGCUGUGUGUCACGGUCCAGCCAUCUUCGAGAACUUGAUGGAUUUAGACACCAAGAAGAACAUCAUCGACGGUAAGUCCAUUACCGGCUUCACGGAUAUCGGUGAAGUGCAAUUGAGUGUCGACAAACUGAUCAAGGAGAAGAAGCUCAACACCGUUGAGCAGACCGCUAAGUCGGCCGGUGCCAAGUUUUUGGCUCCAAUCGGGCCAUGGGACGACUACUCCAUUACUGACGGUCGUAUCGUCACUGGUGUCAACCCAGCCUCUGCUCAUUCUACCGCCAUUAGAUCGAUGAACGCCUUGAACGCUUAG